AUGAUCAAGUUGACCUUUGUUGCUGUUGCCCUCACCGCGGUCGGUGUCAAUGCCAUCUGUCCUGGCUUCAACUACGGCAUCGCCGACCUCGGGAACCAGAACUACCGUUUCUACGACGACUCGUGCAAGGCCGUUGAGACCUACAUCGCUACAGGCGUGAACGUGUGCACGAGCGGCAAGUUCACCUGCUCCUCGUCCCCGGUCACCAUCACCGGGGCGAAGAUCCUCAAUAACUGGUAUGCCUGCCGCUCUGACUCUCAGUCCGGGUCGUGCAACGGCGAAAAGAUCAGCGUCUGCUGCCGCAACGACGGCAACUGA